CUGCUGCUUCUAAUACUACUGUUGCUGUUCUCUUCCAGGUGUUGUCAACGUGUCCCACCUGAACUUUCUUCUUAAAAUGAGGUUUCUAAAGGGCUACGAGAUCCUGCUGCUGCUGCUAGCAGUGGCAUGGUGUGGUGGAAACUUGGCGGCGGGGAAAGAAGCCGAGAGCAACACCACCCUCACCACCACCACCGCCGGACAAGUCACCACCACUAAGCCGACCACUACCACCAGACUCACGACCACCACCAAGCAAACCACCACCACCUCCACCACCACUACUAAACCCAUCAUCAAGCCAACAACCACAACCACCACCACCAUUCAGCCCAUCAGCACCAUCCCCAAAACCACCAGGAACAACACAAGGUUUAAUGCCGUUCAAAGGCACGUUGUAUUGAAGUUUUCCUUGGAGGCGGAACCUGACGAGGUGGACGUGGGCACAUCAGUUGAUAUAUGCUUCAAGGAGACUGCGGGCGGUUCAGCUAUCGCCGUGGUUUUGCAGUUUGGGGAUGGAAGUUCCGAAACCCUGACGUACGGAGGCUCAGGGGAAAAGUGUGUGCACCACACGUACAACAACCCGGGCGUGUACAUCGCCAAACUUCGUGUUGACGGGGAAGUAGAGGCCGAGGCAAGGAUUACCGUCAAGCCAACUAACCCCCCCGUUGUGGAGUUUAACCUCCUAAGCGAACGGACGAUGGUCGGCGGCGCUAUUUUCUUGACGGUCAGGGUCACCUCAGAAGAGCAACAGCCGUGGCCUUGGUAUGCGGCGUUCUAUGGGCCUUACACGCGUCACAGCGGGGAGUUUGAUGAUGGUGAGACUUCGAUCCAGCUGAGUCACGUGAUCAGUUCGGAUUACGAUGACUCCCAAGUACUGUUCACCGUUGUCAUCGCAGACGUUCCUUACAGCUUCUAUAGCUUUAUCUACUCUGGGGACUUUGGAGACUACGUUCACUGGGAGGUUGAUCAUUCGCAUCUUGUACCUACAGAACCGUUCCCCGUGCUGUCCUUCACCGCGGACCGCCACCACGUCACACUGGGAGACACCGUCACCCUCACCUUGCAGGCCAGUGAUCCAUUUACAAGCGCCGUUUUCGACUUCGGUGACGGAUUAGCAAACAAGUUACAUGAGGAUAAGGACGGUACAAUGACCUACACUACGACGGUGACCUACGGGAAGGCGGGAACCUACACGGUGGCCGUCACUACCUACGCCGACGGCCAAUAUAUAAUUGAAACUCUGACCAUACAUGUGGACGAUGACCCUAACACUGAUGUUGCGCCUCGUCCACCUAACCCACCCGAUUCUUCCAUCUUCAUCGUCGCCUACCCGAUGGAAGGCGUCGUGGGCUACUUCUUCUUCUUCAACAUCCAGGUACGACAUUCUAAUAGAAAGAUUGAUUGGACCAUUGACUUUGGCGACGGGACACCAGAGAUUUAUGGCGAUUGGCCCAAUGAACCACCGCUAACGGAGUCGCACGUGUACGCUGUGCCCGGGGAGUACACGGUGGUGGCUACGGUGCGGGGUCGUCACCAUGUCCUGGUGACGGGGCAGAUCACGGUGCGGGUCACGGCCGGGCCAGGCAUCGGCAGCGAUGAAGGGGAAGUGCUGGCAGCCCUGGCCGACUAUCGCGGUUUUUACAUCGGGGUGUUGGUGCUGCUGUUGCUGCUGCUGCUGGGACUGCUGGCGCUGACGGUGCUGGUGGGGCUGACCAACACGGAGAUGGGAGCGGAGGCGGCUUAAUCACCACAACCACCACCACCACCACUAAUUAAAUCUACUAUGACAACAUCUCACAAAACAACACUACUUUUAUAUAAACCUCAAACGACACACGAAGAAAAAAAAAGCAAUGAAACAAACGAAAUGAAAUAGGAAGGUUAUGAAGAGAAGUAUCAAUGAACAAGAAAGACACAGAUAAAGAAAAUCAACGAUUGCAAACAAGAUGAAACAACUACAAAAGAAAUGUCAAAAUAACAACAAUAAUAACGACUACAAGAGAAAAAAAAUCAGAAAAGGCUAAACAACAAAAACAAGAACGAUAGAAACGCAUCAAAUAAAAAAAUAUAUAUUCGAACAAAUAAACACACACACACACACACACACACACACACACACACACACACACACACACGGGAUCAGUAUUUCUUCAUUAUUUUAUUAUUCAUAUUCUUAUAGUUGUUCCACGCUUAGCGAAAAAUUAUUAUACUGUAUAUGCUAUUUUGUCUGCACGAGUCUGUCUGUCUCCCUCUCGUACAAUAAAUAAUAAGUGUUGAUUACGAAUUUAUUUUUACAUCGCCUUUGUGUGUAGCUAACGUAGCUUGUCACAAACAGCCUCGUAAGGACCAGCAGGUCUGCUGUUGUUUGUUCAUCCUUUGUGUUUAAAUCCUGAUCUAAA